AUGGCUCCGUCAGGCAGAGAUUACAAGUUUCUGGACAAGGACGGUGACGACUACUACCACCACCAGCACCGCAGAGACCAACCUUAUUCCCGCUUUGCAAAUCCCCCUCUGACAUGCCGUCCAAAACUCUUCUGCUGUCCAGUGGCAGAGUCCUCUCAGCAUCACCUGCCUCGCAGUUUCGUCAAUCCCGGCCGACACCUCAUGAACCAACAGCUCAGAACAUUCCUCGAGUGUGCGGAUGACGACGAUUACACCUUCCACAAAUGCGAAGUCUCUCACAUGGUUGAAGUCACCACGCGCGCUCUCUGCAACGACCUAGCCACCUUGCCACGCGGCGUCCAGGCUCAAGAACAGUGGAAUCGACUCGCUUCGCCACUUUGCAAAUCGGCCGUCGACAACAUCACCCCUCCUCUGGAAUGUGAAGAUAGCAAGAUGUCGAUAGACCAAGAGACUGUCCCCUACAGCACCUACCAGAGUAUGUCUACGCGGUGCUUCAUUACCCAGAACAGCAGCAACAGCUGGCAGGUCCCACCACACUCCAGGCAGUACCGAGACAACCAUCCGGAUCCCAACAAUGGCAGAAUCGGCGCCGAGAAGUACAUAGAAAUCCCGCCUCUCAGAACGGUGCCUUAUACUUCAGAAAGCGCGUCAGGAAACGGAGGUGGCGCACGUGAAUGGAUCCCGUCAUGCAGCAUCCUGAUGUGGUGCAGCAAGCACAACACGUUCUAUGAAGUGCAUAUCCUGUCUUGA